AUGNACCCAGACAUCAUCGAACGAGUGACGCAGCGGUCAGCGACACGUGACACUCAACGGUUGGGAGAUGUGCCAGAACUCGAGGGGGUGGCACGGGCAACGAGAGGCCUCAAGAACUGGAAGAAAACCGGCCAUGACUCCCUCCCUGCGGAGUUGCUCAAGAUCGAUGACGACGAACCCUUCGUCCUGGGACACCUCCAUACCAUCCUCGUCAAGGUGUGGAACGGGGGAGAUAUUCCGCGAGAGUGGAAGGAUGCAACCAUCAAGGUGCUGUACAAGAAGGGUGACCGGUCCAACUGUAACAACUACAGGGGGAUUUCGCUACUAUCUCACGUAGGCAAGGUCCCCAUCAAGAUCAUCACCAACCGUCUAAGCGCCUUCUGCGAAGCCAACAACAUCCUCCCGGAGGAACAGUGCGGAUUUCGACCCGGGCGAUCCACCGUCGACAUGCUGUUCGUCGUGCGCCGCCUCCAGGAGCUGGGGCGGAGAAAGAAAAUACCGCUCUACAUGUGCUUCGUCGACUUGAACAAGGCGUAUGAUUCGGUGGACCGAGAGAUGCUAUGGAAGGUGCUGGCCAGGGCCGGGAUUCCCGCGAAGCUGAUCGAAGUCAUCCGCCAAUUCCACGAUGGAAUGCGGGCCCGGGUGCGCACGGACGACGGAGAACCAUCGGACUGGUUCUUCGUGACACAGGGCGUGCGACAAGGAUGUGUGCUAUCCCCACUGCUGUUCAACAUCUUCUUCGCCGAGGUCCUCGAGGUCGUUGUCAUCCGAUUCAGCGAGGAUGAUAUUGUUCUGCGGAGCCUGGUGUGCUUGGAGGAGGGAAAGACGGAAGCGGGGGGGGGGGAGAAGACACCCCUUGACCGAGUUCGGAGGGCAGUAUGGGGGAUGCUGUAUGCCGAUGAUGCCGGCGUCGUAUCGAGGUCUGCAUGCAUGACAUGGUCACCACUCAGCGGCCACUAUCAGACACUGCGGUCGAUAUCGGUCCUUCGAGUUAUCGGGUACAAGCGCAAGAAAGACACCUGCCGGCAGCUCUCGUACGCCCAGACGCUGAAGAGGGUCGAAUGCCAGAGCGUUGAAGCCACGAUCCGACAACGACGCCUACUGUUCGCGGGAGCAUUGGCAAGGCAGCCGGACGGGCGACUCCCGAAACGACUGAUGUUCGGCGAACUGGCAGGGGGGGGGAAGCGAUGUAGGGAGGACAGGAACAGAACUGGCCGAAGUGUGUGCUCGACGAUCUGA